GCAGCAUGACGCAGUUUAAACCCAUGAGAACAUUCUGGUGGGAUUUAUGCAGCGCUGCUAUGAUUAUCGGGGCCUGUUGUGCUCGGAUGAUGUUUAUGUGUGCAGAGGCGGCCUGGGUUUAAGUGGGGGAAGGCCCAAAUAGUAGGGAUUAUUGCCUGACUCUCCCUCUCUUAGCCUAUUUUCCAGCAUCAGCUUCAGUCCCUGACGCAGUUCUGACCGGCAAACAUGAGCACAGCAGGUGUUCAUCGAGGAUUCCUCAGAAAAUACGGGGGCUUCAUGUUCAAGCAGUGGAAGGAGAAAUACCUCGUUCUUACUGGGGAGGGAAGCCUGCUGGUGUGCCGGGAUGCAGAGUCCCCCCCAGACCAGGUGGUGGCGCUACAAACCAACUGUGAGUCGAUUGCUGAGGGACGAGAAAUCCUCGACCUGCCCAGGUUGCCCCCAGGGGGCCGGAGGGAUUGCUGCUUUGCCCUCAUCCUGCCACAGAACAAGUUCCUGCUGCUUCUGUCCGACAGCCCUGACGACUGCAGUCUUUGGCUGAAGCUGAUCAGGAAAGUGAGAGAGGGUAUGAUGUCACCCCUGAUCCUUCAGAGACAACAAAGCUUCAGUCCCUGCAUCACAGAUAGAGAGCCUCUGCCCGACUCAUCCAGUGAUAAAGACCCCGGCUCACCCAGGGUUGCUGGUGCGACGCCCCCUCUGUCCUGGGUCCCUGAGAGGGGCGGCUCAUUGAGAGACAGAAGGCAAGCUGCUGCACCGCGGCAGCCUCUGCGGAGCGCCUCCAUCGCCCCGCCCCACCGUGUCUCUGAUUGCCUUCGCCAUGGCAACAGCAGUGAUGCCCGGGCGGUGAGGGCGGUGUGUUUGCUGAUGGGUGGGGCGGCGGCCUCGUCCGCCCUGGGCUACCUCAGCUCCUGCUCCCCCACCUCCUCGCUGGCCGCCGGGGCCCCGGAGAUGGGCCAAGGCUCGGGGGCCUUCUCGGAUCUGCCGACGGGAGGCUCCUUCCACGCCUGCGGCCAGGACGUCGACCCCCAACAUUUCAACAGCUUCGACUUCGAAGCCGACUCCGACUUCGACGCAUUUGAUUGCGGAGGAUUUGCCUUUUGAUUGCGAGCAGAAAGCAAAAGGAAAAACUGUCUAAAUGGCCAGUUUUCACAGCAUAAUCUCUUUAUCGGUGUUCCUGUGUAAUACGAGGUCGUUGCUAAUUAAUUAUUUAAUUAACUUUACAUCUGAUGUAUAAAUUAAUGAAGGUGUUCUUCCUGGCUCCGCGCCCCGUGCUCCUGAGGUAAAUAAUUAAUGGUCUUGACUCUGCUGAACACUGAAAGUGUGUGUUGUUUCACUCUUUCAAUGCCACCAACUGGCCUGACAUUAGCAGGGCGAGACAUUUGACUCCAGACGUACAAAACCACCUUCAUGAGAACAUUUCAUCUCCAACCUGUUACUAUCAGUGGUCUUUCCUCACUUGUUUUCUUGUAACUGUGUUAACGUACUACCGUGCUGACGUGAUCUACAAACUCCCGUUUACAUUUUCACCUGAUUUGGUCAGAAGACCCUUUACCCACAGUGGGCACAAGGAUUUAUCGCUGAAUGAUGGAGAACUGUAAAUAAACCCUACAACUACGGCGA